AUGUCAAAUUUUAACUCAAAUUUUGAUGAACAAAAUGUUCAAUCUGAACAACAACAACAAGGUCAAGGUCAACAACAACAACAACAAGAUGAUGGUUAUAACUCUGGUGCUGAUUUGAAUCAACAAUCUCAACAAGCUCCACAACAACCUCAACAACCAGAUUUCUUACAACCUUUACCAAUCCCAAAUCCUCCAACUGCAACUUCACAAACUUCUUCUUCACCUCCAAAAACUUUAUGGAUGGGUGAUUUAGAUCCUUGGUCUGAUGAAGAUGCCAUUGUUCAUUUAUGGUCAACUUUAGGUAAAAGAGUUUUAGUUAAAUUAAUUAAAGCUAAAAAAGGUACUCCUGCUGCUACUUUAAAUACUGGUCAUGCUGGUUAUUGUUUUAUUGAAUUUGAAACUUAUGAUGAUGCUAAAUCUGCUUUAAGUUUAAAUGGUUCUCAAAUCCCAAAUACAAAUCGUUUAUUUAGAUUAAAUUGGGCUUCUGGUGCUACUUUAUCUUCACCAAUUCCUCAAUCUCCUGAAUUUUCACUUUUCGUUGGUGAUUUAUCUCCAUCAACAACUGAAGCUCAUUUAUUAGCUUUAUUUCAAACUCAUUUCAAAUCGGUUAAAACUGUUCGUGUUAUGACUGAUCCAAUCACUGGAACUUCAAGAUGUUUUGGUUUUGUUCGUUUUAGUGAUGAAGAAGAAAGAAGACGUGCUUUAACUGAAAUGCAAGGUGUUUGGUGUGCUGGUAGACCAUUAAGAGUUGCAUUAGCAACCCCAAGAAAUCAAUCAAAUCAAACAAAUCAAACAAAUUCAUUAAUUGCUGGAUUAAAUGGAUUAAACUUAGGUCCAAAUGGUGGUCAAUUUAUUCCUCCACCUCCUCAACAUACUCAUCCAAAUCAUCAUAAUCAAUUACCACCACCACCACCAAAUGGUCCAGGAGGUUUCCCACCAACUACUGCAAAUCCAAAUGGUCAAUUUCCUGAUCAACAAUUAGCUCCAGUUCCUCAAGUUCCAAAUUCUGCAGGUUCAAAUCAUCAACAACAAGGUUCUUUAGGACAAUCUGAUUUAUUAAUGUAUCAAUAUCAACAAGUUCCACCUCCUUUACAAUUUUUCCAUCCUGAUCAAGCUCAACAAACUCCACAAUCUGUUCCAUAUACUGAUCCAACUAAUACUACUGUUUUCAUUGGUGGUUUAGCUCCAGGAAUUCCUGAACAAACUUUAGCCGCUUUAUUCCAACCAUUUGGUAAUAUUACUCAUGUCAAGAUCCCACCAGGUAAAGGUUGUGGAUUUAUUAGAUUUGAUAAACGUGAAGAUGCAGAAGCUGCAAUUGCUGGAAUGCAAGGUUUCCAAAUUGGUGGUUCAAGAGUUCGUUUAAGUUGGGGUAGAGCUCAAAAUCAACAACAAAGAGUUCAAUUAGCAAUGUCUUCAAAUAAUGGUAUCCCACCUCCUGGUCCUGCUCCUGGAUUACCUGCACCAGGUUUAACUGGUCCUCCACCACCAGGUGUUGGUGUUGCACCACCUCAACAAACUCAAGGUUUACCAUCAAAUGGGUAUCAACAACAACCUUUAAUGGCUCCAGUUAAUAAUUUGUAUUAUUUACCAACUGGUAAAGGAUUUGAACAAUAUGGUCAACAAGGUGGUUAUGUAGUUGAUUCAGGUUAUAUUCAAGAUCCUUCAAAUCAAUAUAAUCAAGGUUUAUCACAUCCACAUCAUCAACAUCAACAAUCUUAUGGAUCUGAAAUUGGUCAAGAUUCAAAUGAACGUAAUCAAACUCCUCAACAAGAUGAUUCUCAAACUAAUGGAAAUAAUUCAGAAAAGGAAAAUGAUCAAGAUAGAGAUGCAUCAAAUUCAAAUGGUGAAAAUUUAUCAAAUGAUGGUUCUAAAUUACAUGAAAUGUAUAGAGCUGCUGUUGCUGGGAAAUUAGAUUCAUUAAAUUAA